AUGGCUGAAGAGACGCUUGAACCAACCCUUCAGAAUAUACUGGACCAGGAAACUCUAAAAUGGAUCUUCUGUGGCAAAACCACUACGUCUUGCUCACUGGCGAUUCAGCUUGCUGCUGUUAGGGAAUCAGUUCUCUUAAUUUCGACAGAUCCCGCACACAAUUUAUCAGAUGCGUUUGGGCAGAAAUUUAAUAAGGAAGCCACGAAAGUUAAUGGAUUCGAUAAUCUUUAUGCUAUGGAAAUUGAUCCAAAUGGUUCUAUUCAAGAAAUGGUAGAGGCAGCUGACGAACAGGGGGCCAUGGGGGCUAUGAUGCAAGAUCUAGCCUUUGCUAUCCCCGGUGUUGACGAGGCAAUGGGAUUCGCAGAAAUAAUGAAACAUGUCAAAUCUAUGCAGUACAGCGUUAUCAUUUUCGACACCGCUCCUACUGGGCAUACACUAAGAUUUUUGUCGUUUCCCACUGUGCUUGAAAAAGCCCUCGGAAAAAUCAGCCAACUGGGAGGUCGGUUUGGCUCCAUGAUGCAGCAGAUGUCCGCUAUGAUGGGUGCUCCACAGGGAGGUCAGGAAGACAUGUUUGCGAAACUGGAAAGCAUGCGAGCCGUUAUCACCGAGGUGAACGCGCAGUUCAAGGACCCUGAAAAAACAACAUUUGUGUGCGUGUGCAUUUCAGAAUUUCUGUCGUUGUAUGAGACGGAACGACUCGUCCAAGAAUUGACGGCGUACGAAAUUGACACACACAACAUCGUCGUGAACCAAUUGCUGUUCCCUGCGAAAGAUUCAAAUUGCCAACAAUGUAAUGUUCGGCACAAGAUGCAGCAGAAGUAUCUGAACGAGGCGCACGAGCUCUACGACGAAUUUUUUCACAUUAUUCAGCUACCGUUGCUGACGGAAGAAGUCCGAGGUCCGGAAAAGCUGAAGAACUUCAGCGAAAUGCUGGUCAAGCCGUAUGGCCCACCCUCAUGAAUGAAGGUGUUUUACCCAGAAGUCAGGCUCCGUCACAUGCUGGACUCGUUGAUUGGGCAUUGAUCGGGUGUUGCAUGUCGGCUUAGGUGUUGGGUUGAUGUUUUAGUUUUUUGUGUCUUGAUUUCAUAACGCCGCAGAUGGUGGUGGAGCUUGGCAAUGAUGGAGGAAUAUCAUGGGGCAUCAUCAGUCCAGCGUAUGUUCCCUGCUCACCAAUAAUCAACAAAUCGCAGAAAAGAAACCGCUUGGAGGGUCGCAGAACUAGGAGCGAAGGCCUAGAUUGACGAUCAGCGUGUUGACGGUUAUGUGUGCCGGGAGGCGUAUGACGUCAUAUUCAAUUGGAGGGACGGUUUCUUU